AGUGGAGUUAUUGGUGAUUGGUCUGAAGUAAAUCAGCAAUUACGRCAUCAUGGUUUUCAUCCYGUUAUGAUUCUCACCAGAUCUAGGAUUGAUCAAAUUCCAAAAGGAGCUGUAGUUCUUGAGGAGCAGACUACUCAGCAUCUGCGCCACACACUYGAGAACUUAAUGUCUGAUUGUGAUCGUCGUCAAGCCUUGGUUCAAGAAUUAAUAUCUGCUUCGAAUAGAAUGCAGAGAGAAAACAAAGAAUAUGCAGAAACAAUCCACAGUUAUGAAAUAGAGAUCAGAGAGCUAAAGCAUCAGUUGGACGCUGAAAGAGUCAAUGUGCAAGAAAUGGAGGACAGGCGGAUGUCUGAGCUACAUCGCCAUGGUGAGGAAGUCCAAGGCUUAAAGAUGACCAAGGAAGAYGUGAUGGCUUUAUUCAAACAGAUGGAGCAAAAGAUCCUCAACAAGGAUGAAGAAAUUGCUAGAUUACAAAAACGAUGUGAGAAACUUGUCCAAAAGGAAGAGGAAAGACUUGAUAGACAGUCCAAGUUGUUUCACCAAUUCAAAAGUCGAUCUCCAAGAAAGCAGCAAGAUCAAAAAUUGCUUGAAGUAAUUGAUAUAUAUGAAGCCAAAUUAGAGGAACUGAGAGAAGAACUUGAUCACCUCAGGCAAGAAAGAGAUGACCACAAUGCAUCAUAUGUUGGUUGCUAUGGUGAUGUAGAAAGUGAUCCUCAACCAAUGAAUGAAGUCGAGUCAGAAGGACCCUCUGGAGAGACCACCGAUGAAGGCAGAGGAUCACUGGACAGRCGCUCCCCACUCACUGGUCCAAAGAAAGGUGCUGGGGGCAAAUGGAGGAAAGAGAAGCCUAAAGGACUGACACWUUCAMCAAGACCAGUUCAAGAGAUUGAAAACAAACUGAUGUAUUAUGAAAAAUCUCUCAAAGAUGCCAAAAAGCUCAUCAGACUUCUUGAAAAUGAAAAUACUCACUUAAAGAUGGAACUUCAAACUAGACCAAUGCCAAAUGAAUGGAAGAAAACACAGAAAUACAGCAAAAAAUUAGAAAAGAUCUUAGCAAAAAACAAUUUAUGUCCACCUUCGAGAAAAAGACAUUUGGAUAAAGACACCAGUGAACAAACUCAACCUAAAAGAUACUCMACACAUGUUGAUGAUAUUGAUUUGCUGCCCAUUGAUGCCUGUAGAGAAUAUCUAAAGGAGACAUGUUCCAAGUUGUUGGUGCUUGACCUCCGGGAUCUGGAUGACAGAUUAAAAUCUAUUGAUUUGAUGGCAGAAGCUUUUCCAUCUAUGGAACAGCUUGUAACAGAUAUUUUGGCACUGAUUCAUAAUCAUGGUACCUCUAAACAUGCAUCAAGCAAUCUUCAUCAUCAAAGUGUUGAUACACAUGCUGUUUUCUGUCAAAGAGCAUGGCAGGAUGUUUUACCAACUUUACAGCUGUGGGCAAAAGAGUUGUCAUCUCUCAAAGAUCUACAAAGAGCAAUUGUUGAAUUGUCAACAACUCUGAUGCCAUGGGAAUCAAAAAGCAAGUUUGAAGUGAAAGAUAAAAAGUCAAUAAGAGUCAAAGACUUAAAAAUCAUGGUAGAGUCACUAAGUUCCCAUGAYAGACGAGCUGGACCUAAAGAUGUACAAGGAAGUGAAAARCCAAGCCCAAGCCUUGAGCAGCUUCAAAGCAUUAUUGCUCACUUCCAAAAACUCUUUGAUGUAAAUACUGUCUCAGGAGUGUUUCCUCGUAUGAAUGAGCUGUAUUUAAGGGUUGGAGAGGUUUAUAAUGCCAUGCACACRAUGAGAGAACUACUUAACCUUGACCCUAGCUGCAAACCAGCUAAUAUUGUUAAUGCUGUUGGAAAAUUAAGCAAAGCUAGACAUUUACUACAAGUUGAUGAUCUGUCAGGGGURAUACAGAGACUAGAACAAUAUGAUGAAUUCUUUCCUCCAUUCCAAAGUAUGGUUAAUGAGCUUUCCAAGAUAUUAGGAGUAGAAAAGAUGGAUGAGAUUGUUACUGCUGUAAAGGCAUUAAUCAAGUUUCCUCAUUAUUGACAACAAAACUGAAAAAAAUGUAUAUAGGAAUUUUAAAGGAAUUGCGUUUUUAAAAUCUUAUAAAUUGUACAUAUUUUUUUACCUAAUUCUAAAAUAUUUUAUUGUAACUAACUUUAAUUAUUAUUUUUGGUUUUAUAUUUUUAAAAUAUGAUAAAUACUUAAUGACUUUUGAGAUUUAUUGAACUGGCUUGCUAGUGUUUUCGUGAUUGUUUAUUUAUUGCUGACGGAUUGCUCUACAGAAACAAGCUCGGCGACUUCUAGUUCUAGUCUAGGUUAGGAACCAAUUGGGAAGCUUACAUGGGCAUCAUUAGCAAAUUUCAGUUAUUCCAGAUCACUUCCACCAGUCCAUCACGAGAAAGUCACCAACACAAACUCUUUCGAUCUUGAAGAAAUAUUUUUCUGCAUGGAAGGUAUAUGGCGUGUCACUCGUGACAUCAGCACAAAAACCAACAUGUGAUGGUUGCWUGCCUGCUCAACUACUAUUUCAUCAUCAUUUGUUCAAUUCUCGAGUAGAUUUAGAGAUGGAUUGCAUGUUGGUUUGUGUAGCAUGAAUGUUUUAAUCCCAUUGCAUGCCAGUGUCUCUCCUGAGUUGGUCUACAUUGGAGGAUAGAAAUUGAACACCAUGUGGCGCAUAGUCGUCCAGCCUGGCUUUGACUUCAGCAGGGAUGUUAAACGACAUUACUUCAAUUUUUUGCAUUCAACCUAAGUCUGAUCGGUAUUUUGCAUUCCAUCUCUACCCUACGGAGAAUGUCUUGUGCCUGGACUUCUGAGUCCACUGUAAAAUGCAAUAUUUAACUCGGGUUAUAACAUAUGAACCAACAUGUCUUGAAUGUAUAGUAAAAACUCAAGUUUCUCUUCAUGUCCGUCUAUUGAUUGACGUACUAUUGUGUAUUCUAGGAGGGCGAAGAAACAAAUAAGGUUUCAAUCUGUCGCCAUGCCGAGCUCCUCCUCUAUCGUGCAAGCACAUCUUUCCUGCGUAAAUCCAUUUUGAUUCAAGGCAAGGGCGGAUACAGCUGAAAUUU